UAACGUUCAUGUACUAGAUCGCCACCACAACACAUGUUGAUAUAAAAAUUGUCAUCAUGUCAUCUGGAUUUGAAGACAGACUAAAGCAACUGGAGAGUAUCGAAACAGAUAUUGCCUUAGUUGUCCAACAUGCAGGAAAAGUGAUUCUAGAACUGUCCAAGGAUAGACCUGUUGAAAAACAGAUUGACUCCAACACCAAAACAUUUGCAAAGACACUGGAAGCUGUUGAGAAGAGACUCAUGGAGCAGAUCAACUAUCUUUCACAGGUAUCGACGGGACAGCCCCACGAGGGAUCUAGUUACUCGGCUCAGAAAGAAGCCCAGAUGGCGAUACACAGACUAGAGCACGCUAAGACGAAACUCACAGAAAUCAAGAAAACGCUUACAGUCCAAUGAUCAGGGGUGUCUUCGUGAUGGACGUUGUCAUCAUCAUUCUGCUUCAUGGGUGCCAGCCAUAGCACAUACCAGGCUGAGAGGAGGGAAAUAAUUCUCCAUCCAUUGAUCACUAGCUUGUUAUUCGUGAUGGACAUCUUCGUGUACAUC